AUCCUGCUCCCGAUGAAAACUCAGGCAUUCCAGCCUGUGGGGCAGACAAGAGUAUUUGCAUUCCCUGUCGCAAUUUUGAAAAAGACUGAGCAACAGACCUGAGACCUGAGACCACCAAUGCCACCAUGUGGUCAAUACUGUACUGCGAGGAAACAAGAGAGAGACACCAACACCUCUACCUGAGGCUAAGACUGAGUGGCUUGGGGCAAGCCUAAAAUGCCAGACUAUCUGCCUGCCCAUAGACAGUGAGGGAUUGUGCUUACACACACAGAUGUAACAAAUAGCCACCAGGAUAAUCCAGAGACCACCUGCAUCGCCUCUUCUAGCCCAACGCUGAGCUGCCAGGAAGAAUCCUGUACCGUCCGCACAUCCUCUCGAAACAAGGGCGAACUGAACGAAGAAGCCUGAGGUUGACACGCCUCCUCCCCUGUAGACCAGGACUAAGCGGCUGGGACAAGCCCGAUAUUGUCAGCAUCACUGCACAUGCGCUCUGACAACGAGGGACAGAGCCCCCAUGUGGCCCAGGCCUUUUUACCACUGUAAAUAAAAUAAACCAUGUGAACUCACCCAAGUGCGAUUGUCGGUAUGGUCACUGCCGAAGCUGAUGUCAUCCCCUGACACCCUACUUGUGGAGAACGUGGGCAAGACCACACUGGCUACUUUGAAGCUUCCAUAUGAAAUGGAAAUGGAAGAAGAAAUUCAAAUGAAGGAAAACUGGACAUUAAAUCAUCUUGAGAAUGAAUGAUGCCACCGUCUCUGCUGCUGAGCAAGCGUAACUGCCAUGGGUACAUGGGUGGCAGGUUUUAUGGGGCGAAUGCAGGAGAAUGGGGUUGAGAGGGAAGGAUGGAUCAGACACAUUGAAUGGUGUAGACUUGAAAGGCCGAAUGGCCUUAAUCUGCUUCUAAAACUUCACAGUAUCUUCAGAGGUCUCCGGAUUUUUCUUGCUUUCAGAGAUAUUUAAUGAACUAACUAACUAGACAAUUGCUGCUGAAAAUGUGAACAGAAAACAGUGAGAGCCAGACUAAAGAAGAAUUCUCUAAAGUCCUCCGGCAGCUCUUUACAAGCACCCACUUUGUGUGAAAAAGUUACCUCUCAGGUUCCCAUUAAACCUUUCUCCCAUCACCUUAAACCUAUGUCCUCUGGUUCACAAUUUCCCUAAUCUACGCAAGACUCCGUACAUCUAUUCAAACUAUUCCUCUCACAAAAUGUUCACCUCUCCUUCCUCAUUGACUGAAUGUAGCCACCUGAUCUAUUAAAAUUACUUCCUGCAUUUGACAAUUCCUUCCAUUUCAAUACAUUCUUUGUCAUGUUACUAUAUGGUUUCUAUCAAACCGCUCUUUGUGUCACAUCCAUAAAUUAUCAAAUCUCUCUUUGACCACAUCCAUUAUGUAAAUUAUGUUACGCAAACAUAAACUGAAGAUAUCAAAUGGAAAUUAAACAACUGAACACAGUCUCAUGAAACGUCUUCACUGAUACUGCCAGUUUAAAACAGGAUCCAUUGGAGAAACACCUCAUUGCCACACCAUGAUUCCCAUUCGUCAGAUAUUUAUCGUUAUCGUCAUUAAUGGAGCUAGUGUUCUGCUGUAUGUAAGUUGGCAUUUGCAAACACAACAAAAUGUUCAAAAGAACAUGGUAAGAAUGUCACAAGUGGAAGAUGAAGCUACCAUGGAUGAUCCUCGUCCACUCCUGAAUCCUGGGAUUAUGUUUGUGGAAACAACAGACAAGGUGGAGCUGAAGCCAUUGGUGAUGUGCUCAGUGGAGUCUACUGCUCGUCAAAACCCAGAUAAACCAAUCUAUUUCUUCAUGAAGGGGUUCAGUGGCAACUUGAGCCAAUAUCCAAAGCCUAAGUACAGAUUCAUCCCGUUCCUCUCCUCAAUGAAGAAUGUUGUUCUUCUACCUUUAAACGCUAACGAACUGUUUGAUGAUACUUCGUUGAAAUUCUGGCAUCGAAAGGUAAAUCCAGAAAAGGAGAAGUUUUGGACCCAUGUGUUUUCUGAUGGCUGCAGAUUAGCACUGCUGUGGAAAUAUGGGGGCAUCUACCUGGAUACUGAUAUUAUAUCAAUGAGGCCAAUACCGUUUGCUAACUUUACAUGCCCUCAGCAUUUUAAAACUGUCAGUAAUGGGGCUAUAGGUUUCUCACAUAGGCAUCAUCCUGUUUUAUGGAAUUGCAUGGAAGAUUUUGUGGCCAAUUACAUUGGACAUAUUUGGGGUCAUCAAGGCCCUCAACUGCUUACCCGUGUGCUGAAGAGAUGGUGUCAGACGAAUAAUCUAGCUCCCUUCAUUGGCAAAGAAUGCAACGGCAUCUCUAUAUGGAUCACAAAACGGUUCUACCCAAUCACAUUUCAAGAUUGGAAGAAGUACUACUCUUCUUGGAAAAAGAAGGAUAUAGAGCGGAAAUUCUCAGCAACGUAUGGAGCACAUGUCUGGAAUUCUAUGAAUAGAAAAGAUAAAAAGCAAAUCGUUGCUGGAAGUGGAUCUUUAAUUGAACAUUUUUUCCAGUUGUAUUGUCCAACUGCAUACAGAGAUGUCAUUCAAUUGAAUCAUAGUUUAUGGUGAUUUAUGUCCUGAUGUCCUUGUUUUUAGUAUGUCUAAAAGUGUGUAGUGACCAUUUGGCUUGUUUUGCGUGUCAUUAAUGAUGGCAUGUGUCUUUAAAUUUUAAACAGUCCGUUAUAUUGUGGGUGGGAUUUAUGACAUAUUUUAGGGCAUGUUUGGGGCUAUGUAUCUUGCACAAAAGUUUAGUUUUUAGUUUAGUUUGGAACCAGCAUGGAGAAGGUUUACCCUUCAACCAUGCGAAGUGUAAUGGAGACACGAGGAUUUUUUUAUCGUUUAAUGUGAUAAGCUGGAGUUCGAUGAAGAUUAUAGUAACAGGUCGGAAGAAGUUUGGAUGUAUCGUAAUGUUUUUCAUCAACAAUAAAGAAUUUACUAAUCAAAAGACUGUGUUUUGGAAGACUUAUCUGUGAAGAAGCUCUGAAGGUCUCUGAUGGUGGGCUUGCAUGCGGACAAAGACAUUCACCCUUAACCAUGCUGUCCAUUUACCAGCUAGAGGGAGUAAUCUCUUAUAACCAUAUAACCAUAUAACAAUUACAGCACGGAAACAUGCCAUCUCGGCCUUACAAGUCCGUGCCGAACAAUUAUUUUCCCCUAGUCCCAUCUACCUGCACUCAGACCAUAACCCUCCAUUCCUUUCCCAUCCAUAUACCUAUCCAAUUUAUUUUUAAAUGAUAAAAUCGAACCUGCCUCCACCACUUCCACUGGAAGCUCAUUCCACACAGCUACCACUCUCUGAGUAAAGAAUUUCCUCCUCAUGUUACCCCUAAACUUCUGUCCCUUAAUUCUGAAGUCAUGUCCUCUUGUUUGAAUCUUCCCUACUCUCAAUGGGAAAAGCUUGUCCACGUCAACUCUGUCUAUCCCUCUCAUCAUUUUAAAGACCUCUAUCAAGUCCCCCCUUAACCUUCUGUGCUCCAGAGAAUAAAGACCUAACUUAUUCAACCUUUCUCUGUAAUUUAGUUGCUGAAACCCAGGCAACAUUGUAGUAAAUCUCCUCUGUACUCUCUCUAUUUUGU